AUGAUGCUCCUCAGACGUGCGUACUGGGGCAACCUUCUUCUAUCUCAGUCGGAUGACUCAGAUGGUGCUCAGUUGCAGAACCGUCCGGCUGACAAAGGGCAUGAACUGGUGUGUGUGCAGUUGGCAUUCGACUCGUCGCCAGUCAAGAAAGAUUUCUUGCUCAUCCAAGAAACUUCCAUGCCGUAUACCCAGCUGCUUACGCACUUUCGGCUUUACAUGAAGAAAAACGAUGUCUUGAAGCACAUCGAUGCGGACGACGCUGCCAAGGACUUUGACCUCAUGGAAGGGCUGCAAUCGUCCAGCCGACAGCGCCUCUUACCACCUGUGUGCCUGGGUCAUGCAGCCACA